CGCAUCCGGCCUGCAGGCGCCUUGCAUAUAAACAACCACCCCUCCAUUUACACGAGAGCAGCGACCGCGACCGCGUUCGCCUGCCACUGUCGGUGGUUUGAGUCCUUGUUUAUACCUGGCUUUACUCCUCCUUGGUUGAGCAUCGCCAUCCCAGCAUCAUCGGAACACAGCCCAAUACUACAUCCUGUCCGAGGGCACGAGCCAGACGUUGGAUCGCCUGAAGUCAAUCAAAAACACACAGACCUGGGAGACGGCGCUACGGAGAGACACUUGUCUUGCAAGCCCAACCUUGGGAGCUAAAGGUCGGGAAGGGGAAGCUUCAGCAAGAGACAUCCUUGCGGGACCCCUUGGCCCUCGCUCAGCCCAGCAGUUGAAACUCAACCUUACUGUCGCCUCUCCCCAGUUUUUGUGUCAUUUUCCGCGACACGAGCAGACCAGCUCUAUCAAUCAACACGAGCUGGGACGGCCCGCGUUAGCCUGAGGCUGACAGUCGCGUCAGGAGCGUGUCGCUGCCUGUUGCCCUUGGGAUCCCGGCUCAGAAAGAAGUCCUGUCCAAGGGCUGGGUUUUUCAGCGUCUGUGACUCUGUGGCGCCCCCCCCCCCCCCCAAAAAAAAGGAGCAGGGUUAUAGGGGCAGUUUUGGGGAUCACGCUGGGGCUGGAUUGGUAAAUGAGAUGAGUGAUUGAGUAUUACACGACAAAGCUGAAGGGACUGUCCAGCCAGCCAGCCAGCCAGCCAGCCAGCCAGCCAGCCAGCCAGCCAGCCAGCCAGCCAGCCAGUACGAAUUCGCCGCCUCCUUUUGAACCCCCCCUCCUUCCCCCCACCAUGGCGUCCGCUGGGCAAACCGCAACCCUCCUCUCCUCCCCUGCAACCUCGUCACCACAACAAGCACACUCUGCCCUACCAGCAGCACCCCGGGCCCUUCGACAUCCGAACCGCAAGCCCUCAGCACUGGGCAAGAUCGUGACCGCCUCGACCCCGAAUCUGAGCGGCCUCUUCUCUGCCCACUCCAAACUCGGCUCACUGCCCUCGCUGCAGCGCAAGGCCUCACAGGCCACCUUGACCUCGACUUCUCUCGCCGCCGUCCCCGAUGCCACCGAGAGCUACGCACUCGCCUCCCUGAACGACUCGCCUUCGCGCAAGGACAAGAUGCCUCCCACUCCCAGGGCGGGCGCCCCCGCUGGGGACGACCUCGCUCUGGGGGACGAGGUCGAUGUGCCCGGCAACAUGCGCGGCACCGUUCGCUUCCUCGGUACUGUCGACGGCAAGAAGGGCACUUUUGCUGGCGUCGAGCUGCACCCUGACUUUGCUGCACGGGGAAAGAACAACGGCGACGUAGACGGCAUAUCUUAUUUCGCCACAAAUAUACCCGGCGCCGGUAUCUUCCUCCCUCUGAACAAGGCCGUCAGGCGCGAACCCUCCUCAGCCAGCAUCUCGACCACGUUCCCCAAGACUCCUAAUGGCCUCAAGGCGGGCACGCAAAAUUCUACAAAUUUCACACCGCCGACUCCUUCGUUGCCGCAGUUCUCGAAAUCAGUCGGUCCCGGACGUCCACCCAGUCCAUUGGGAAAGAAAUCCAGGCCGUCAUUACCACGGCCAGAGUCGCCAACACGAAAGCUACAGAUGACCCCUGCCGGACGCCCCAGUAUCGGCAUCGCGACACCUUCUGGCAAGCCGGCUCCACGAUUUGGCAGUCCGACACAAAGCAAGUUCUCCAAGAGCGUGCACAGUGCCAUGGCGCCAGGUGACCCGCCCAAGAAAGGGAUGCUACAGCCAAGCCGCAACUUCAGUGUGGGGCCGCGUAGUUCAUCAGCGCUUUCGGGGCCCACCGCAGGCUUCACCACAGACGAGGAAACAACACCUGUCAUGAACGGAAGAGCAUCGGCCCUCAAGUACAGGGCUCCGUCGCGGCAGGCCGGCGGCCAGGAUGAGGAGAUCGAGCGGUUGCGGGCCGAGUUGGAGGAUCGGGACAAGCAGCUCAGGGAACAGGCAGCUACGUUGGCAGACAUGGAGAACAGCCUCACCGAGGUCCAGAGUCUCAUGGAGCAAGCUGAGAUGCCCCCGCCUCCGAGUCGGAAGGACAGCCUCGGCGACAAGGAGACAGGCGAGCUAAGAGCACUGAUCCGGGAGAAGAACGAAAAGAUCGCCAUGCUUACGUCCGAAUUCGACACGCACAGGGCCGAUUUCAGAAGUACUAUCGACACACUGGAACUGGCAAGCGCAGAGACGGAGAGGGUGUACGAGAAGCGUAUAGACGAGCUGAUGCAAGAUAUACAACAAAUCCAAGAACGUAAUAGUGACGUCGACGUGGUCGCGACACAGCUGAAGCAGCUGGAGGAACUCGUGCAGGAGCUGGAGGAAGGCCUCGAGGAUGCUAGGAGAGGCGAGGCCGAGGCCCGUGGGGAGGUCGAGUUCUUGAGGGGUGAGGUCGAGAGGACAAGGACCGAGCUCAGGAGAGAGAGGGAGAAGUCGGCCAGUACGCCGAACGGCACAGAUGGCCAAUCCAACGGGGAUAACUCAACACUCUUCAAACAGCUGGAGCAGAAGGAGGACGAGAUCCGCGGGCUCAAAGCGAUCAUCCACUCUUUGGGCAGAGAUUCGCUACCAGACGACGCUGAUAGAUCGCAACGACCGCAGCCCCACCGGACCGUGUCGCACGAGUCCCGGUCCAACGCAGAUGACCGUAUCGCACGCGAAAAGCUCGAGCGUCAGGUCGCAGAACUGCGAGCCGCGCUGGACGAGAAGUCGAGCAAGGAAGAAGACAUGGAGCAUGAGAUGGAGGCCCUUAGAAGGGGCAGCAGUGCGACCUUGCACGGCACCUCGACCAUGGCGCAGCGCUCAUCUGUGCGUGACUCUCGCGACACAGUCGUCCUGGCCCAGGAACUGGGGAACCGCUCACCAGAGCAACAGCAGCCUGGGCAGAGGCGGUCGCAUCAGCGGGCGCACACGCUGGACACGAUGGUCGAGAGCGACGCCUUGUCCUCGGUCACGGAGAAUAGCACUCUCUGGUGCGAGCUGUGCGAGACGUCGGGCCAUGACAUCCUGACGUGCACCAACAUGUUCGGUAACCCGCCCGCAGCGCCGCCCGAGCCCUUGCCGACCCCCAAGGUCCCGAACCAAGGUGGCCUCGCACCACCUCAGACGCAGGAGCAGGACGAGUACAAGGUGGCCCCGUUGUCACCCCGCCUGCCCGCAGCGGAUGAGCCGGCCGGGCGCGUGUCCGAGCCCGUCAAGAUGAUCCCGAACCUGAACGACCCAGGCCCGGUGGCGGGCAAGGAGUCGGGCGUCAUCGACCCGGAGGCGUGGUGCGCCCUGUGCGAGAAAGAUGGACAUAAUAGUGUAGACUGUCCGUUUGAGGAUGCCAUAUGAUUAUUCUCAUGGGUUACCGGUUGUCUGACCUACCAUUUUCAUCUUGUUGCGAGCGAAAUUCUGAUAAAUGGGAUGACAGUAUGAGAAUAUGAUGGCUGUGGCAUGGUCUCUUUUAUCUUUUGGUGCGUGCGGCAUUGUCCAGUAUCAUUAGCACUCCCGGCCUUAUCGAGCUGGCGUUUCUCAGGGGCGAAGCGUUGUGGAUGUCUGGUGUUUUUAUGGGACCACGAAAAUACCUAGGUAAUACAUUAAAUGUGACUCAUGUCUCGAUCUUCGA